CGGUCCGUCGCCGCUGCACGCAAUGGGAUUGUGGUUCUCUUGCCGUCCCAUCCUAGGGGGAUCUUCGCGGGCUUCCCGGGUGCUGAAUGGGCGCCACGUCCAGGGUUAUUGUUCUGUCAACCAUUGCAUCGGGUUGUCUGUGCUCUCAGACCGUCGACGGAGCCCUGCAGCCAGUCCGAAACUAAGUAGGAGCUCCGACUUUCUGAAUGACUCGUGUUGACCGUGGCACGGAUCGAACGUUUUUCCACGGGCAGAAGUUAUUAUCAUUAUUAUUAUCUGGUUUCUCAUCGAUGGUCGUGCCACCUGCAUCCGGUGUCCCAACAGGGCCCAAUGGACGAAGGAGCCGGUAAACUACGGCUGUAUCUAGUACAUAACUCUUGCGGACGGGGCCCAAAGCUGUGGGCGGUGAUGGGCGUUAUGAUUUAUCCCGAGUUGUGGAGGACGCCUAGAGCCGUGGGACGAGCCCCAAAGAACAAUCGGACCCAGGGAGCACCCAAAACGGCCCAAAAAGCCUCUUCCCCGCCAACAUACGAUCGAAAAGAGAGCACUUGUUGCUGGUCACUGCAUCCCAGGAGUCUCUUCUCCACUCGCGACGUCUCUUGGAAGUUCCCUAACAGUCCCCGCCUGAUCGGGCCACCUUCACGAAACGAACACAUAAUCAAGAGUAAUAACAUACAAGCUAAUAAUAAUACGGCAUCUCACUACGCAACUUUAAAUCGCUGGGUUUCCCCUCCUCCUGAGAAAAGACUCCUGGGUUUUUACGUCUCUGCUGUCUGCAUUGUGUGGGUUGCCGUUCUGACGGCCUCAAUUGCAGUGCCACUGCUCCAGCAAUAACGCAGUCAAGUCAGCAUCAGCCAAGUCGUUUUCUGCUGCUCAGUUCAAGAUUUCCUGUGUGCGCUUUCACGCCGUUCCUCUUCCGCGGCAUUGGGA